AUGGCACUUUUCGUACCGACGGGCAUCUCCAACACAGGCACUCCUCCUCUUACCAAUGGAAGUAAUGAUGACCACCAGCACAUUCGACUCGCCUGCCAAGCAUGCCAACGGAAAAAGAUCAAAUGCGAUAGAACCUUCCCGUGCGCGCAAUGUACGAGGUCAAAUUUGCAAUGCGUGGCAAGCUCACGGAAACCUCGAGCUCGACAUGCCGGGAAGCGGGCGGUGGAUUCGGAACUGAGGAACCGGAUUUCGAAACUCGAAAGCCUUGUUGAAAGUCUCAGCGGCGACGUAGGAGCCCAAGAUGAUGUCACGAAUGGCGAAGUCUCUACACCUGACGACCAAGACGGCGACGACGCUUCCUCGCCAACUGUAGGAAAGUAUCUCGGCAGUCCGUUCUGGUCGAGCUUGACUACAGAAGUCCAGGCCAUUCGCGAUGCACUAGAAGACGAGGAGACUGAGCUCGAGACCACACCGUCUGAUAGUACAGCGCCCCAAGGGGCGCACAUCAACUCUAAUGACUUCGACUUUCUGAUCGCACCCGCAGGAGCUAUAUAUAUCGUGCCUGGUGCCUUGACCGAGCCGUCUUCGAUCAUGCAGUGUGAGCUCAUAAAUGAGUACUUCAGCAACGUCAAUCCGAUGCUGAAGAUAAUGCAUGAGCCGACGGUACGUGCCUUACUCGAAGAAGGUGCGCCGUACCUCGGUCACGAAGCAUCUGCGUACUGCAACAAAGCAUUGAGGGCUGUCAUAUGGUAUGCGGCUGCCAACUCGGUCACCGAUAAGCAUUGUAUGGACCGUUACGGCCAGUCACGCGCGGACAUGAUGAACCAGUAUCGGCGGUCUAUUGAUGUCCACCUGGCUCAAGCGGAUCUCAUGAACACGACUGACCUGGCUACACUCCAAGCAUUGACAAUCUAUCUGGCCUCCUCUCGUAUGUCAGACCUGAGUCGUCGUGUCUGGACCAUGACCGGCUUUCUCGUCCGGAUCGCCCGAGCCUGUGGCCUCGAUCACAAAGCCACAUAUCACCUCAAACCCUUCGAACAACAGAUGCGUCGACGGCUGUGGCAUGCAAUCAGAUUUCUCGACGUUUUUGCCGCUCUGGACCGCGCCACUGAGCCUCUGAUCCUGGAAGACACAUUCGACACGCCGCUCCCGAACAAUGUGGAUGAUUUUGAAUUUGACGAGCACUCCACCAGCAUUCCCAAUCAUACAGAUCGCUUCACAGAUAUGUGCUUCUCCUUACUAGCCUACGAUGCUGUUCGAGGCACCUGUCGACUUAGCACGCCAGAAUAUAGGCCUACGGGUGAUACUUGGCAACAACGUCUCGAUUUCGCGAAUGCUUUCAGUGCUGAAGUGCAGGAGAAGUAUAUCUCGAAAUGCGAUGUCUCGGUUCCAUUCCAGCGACUGGUUCACACGAUCGGUACCUCGAUGUCGAAAGGCAUGCUGUUGCGCGCUAUUCGACCGAUCCAGCGUCACGUCUCAAGCAUCCCACCGAGGAUCGAUAGUCCGUAUGUGCUGGAGGUAGCCACGGAUGCACUUUUGGAGAACGGGAAGAUCUAUGUGGAUCCCGGCUUCGCCCGAUGGCGGUGGUUGGUCUGGGUACAGUGGCACUGCUUGUCGGUCAUCCUGGCUGGCCUUUGCUCCAUCCGCGGCACACCACUCGCAGAAAAGGCAUGGCAAUGUGUUAAUGAUAACUACGACCGUCAACUACGAUAUGUCGCCGAUGCCCAACAAGGUAUGCUAUGGCGUCCGAUCGAGAAGCUGUACAAGAAGGCGGUGGCAUUCCGAGAUGAAGGCAGGAGAGAAUCACUACCACUAGCUGCCCAGCCACCUCAGCUUCCAGGCUUGCAGCAGCAUAGAACGAUGUCGCAGACGGUUCCGCGCUCGCCACCUCGGACACAGCAGCGUACUCAGACCUUCCCACUCAGCGGUCUAGACACCGCCACGACGUCUUACUCCUCCGGCCGUGGCCAUCACUCUCAACCUCACAUGCCCAUGGGCAGUAUACCACUAAGCGGCACCAUGAGCGCGCCCAUGGACUUCAGCUUCAUGGACAACGCUGAUGUGAACGGUGACCUACCUGUAGGCACGAAUAUGGCUUUCUCAGGAACCACGGCCAGCUCAGCCAGCAUGCCACAAAAUGGUCUCACAGACUUAAGCAUGCCACAGGACGGCAUGAACGGCAUGUCUUCUCAAGACCUGGGCUGGCUGGACUGGGAAACGAUCAUGACGGAUCUCAACACGAAUGUCCAUAUGGGCGAUAUACAGAUGCCGCUGAAUCUGCAAGCAGGGCAGGAUUGGAACGGGAAUCUACACCAGGAUCUGAUGUGA